CUAAUUUCAAUCUCUCUGUUUCAUCAAACCCUUCAAUAAUCCUCUCAAACCAUCAAACCAUGACCUCCGACUGUAAAAUAGCCAGCGCCGUCGGUGGCAAAACAGCUAGAGCCUGCGACAGUUGUCUACUCAAACGCGCCCGUUGGUACUGCGCCGCCGACGACGCUUUCCUUUGUCAAAUUUGUGACGGUUCAGUCCACUCUGCAAACCCAUUAGCUCGUCGCCAUGAAAGGGUUCGACUUAAAACCUCAUCAUCACUUAAACCCACUAUUGAGAAUUCUCUCCCAUCUUGGCAUCAGGGUUUUACCCGAAAAGCUCGAACCACUCGACAUGGCAAAUCAACCAGGAAGCUACCAAAAAUUGAAGAACCCAUACUCUUAAACCCACUUCCAUUAGUCCCUGAAAUGGGUAGUGAUGAAGCUUCACCGAAUGAGAAUGAAGAACAGCUUCUCUAUCGUGUUCCCAUCUUCGAUCCAUUGGUUGCAGAGCUUUGUACUUCUUCAAUAUCCAAUGAAGGAACAGAGACUACUACUACUACUAGUGCGAUGACUGCAGCUCUAGAAAGGGAAUCUAAGAUUUUGUUGCCAUUAGAUGUGGAAAACUUACCUGGGUUUCUACCGUCUGAUAUGGAUCUUGAGGAAUUUGCAGCUGAUGUGGAGAGCUUACUUGGAAGAGGGCUUGAUGAGGACACGUUUGGUAUGGAAGGGUUGGGAUUGUUAGGUGCUAAAGAGGAAGACACAACCAUGGAAACCAUGGAGUGUGGGUUUGGGGAUGGUAAGGUGAAGGUGGAGGAAGAAGAGGGAGAUGAUGUGGAUGGUGUUAUUGGAUGCCACGUGGAUCUAGAAGUUGAGAUGGGGAGAGAAACACUAGACUUGAAUUUUGAUUGUGAUUCUCCGACCACCGCUGAGGAGGAAGAGGAGGAGAAAGUUGGUGGUGGUGGAGGUGGUGUAGCAACUCAUGAUGCAGGGUCAGCCAUGAUGGUGAAAAUCAACGGUGGAUAUAAAUUGAAGCUCGAUUACGAGGCGGUCAUCACCGCCUGGGCGGGCCAAGGUCCGGCUUGGACCACCGGUGACCGGUUCCAACUCAACCCAGACGACUGGUGGCCCGAUUACUCGACUACAUGUUCGAUGGGAGUACCAUAUGGAGAUAUGAGAGGAGGAGGGGCGAUAGGAGAUGGAGGGAGAGAGGCAAGAGUGUCGAGAUACAGAGAGAAGAGAAGGACGAGGUUGUUUUCUAAGAAGAUUAGGUAUGAGGUGAGGAAACUCAAUGCAGAGAAGAGACCUAGAAUGAAAGGUCGAUUUGUUAAGAGGGCUUCAUUUGGUGGAUCUGGUUUUCCCUUCUGAGUCACUGUAAUUAUUCAUGGACUAUUCAAAGUGUUUUCUCUGUUCCAGGGAAUGUAGAAACUCAAAAUCCCUGGUUGAGUGAGUUAGGGCAAUUGGAAAUUUCUUACUUGAGUUGCCUUUACUUACACUAAUGUUCAGCUAAAUAAAUGCAUAAGCUUUUAGCU